UAUGAGGGGGGCGUACCCCCUGACUUUUGCUUACAGAAAAUAGACGAGCUGUUGCUGCAUUGAUCAGGAGCAGCAGGGCUGAGUGGAGCGGCAUGGGGAAUUAACACUGGAACUGCCAGUAUCCGUAUUCAGUACGAGCUGGAGUACACUGAGGGCAUCAGCCAGAUGAUGCGCAUUCCCGAGAUGCUAAAAGUGGCUCCUCACGCCCCGGAGGACCCCGCUGUGGGAAAACAGGAUCUAUUCCCAAGUGUCAUAAUGCAAGUCCCUGAAAGAAUUGUGAUUGCAGACAUAGAUAGAUAGACGCCUCAUCACGGGAUCCGGAGUGAACCAGCAGCGCCGCCAUAUUGCUGGGGUCAACCUAAGCUAGGUCUACGUCCAAAACCAUUCGUAGUCAACGGGGAAUUGCAACCAUGCCGGUUGUUUGUUUCGCCUUCGGAUGCAACAACCGAGAAUCUUUAGGAAGCGGAUCUUGUGGAAUGACCUUUCACGGGUUUACGAGUGUUGUGGGAUUAGAGAGGGGAUCAGAAGCUGCUAUAAGACGGGAGGAGUUUGUUGUGACGGAGUUCUCCAGGCUCUGCAGGGAGACCUUCAACACGGAGGAUUUGAACAGGACGAGGCAGAGAGAGGAUGUAAUCCUGUCUGUCUUCAGCUUUCCAUCACAUCUCCAAACGGUUCCAGUCAGUCAUCUGUUUUGUGGUCACUGUGGACACAUUGUUGGCAGUGAUUCCUGAACAGGUUCAGCGUUAUGUCUGCACACUGCUUCAGCCAGGACUGAUUGGAGCUUUCCUUCAGCUCAGUCAGAGCAUCAGGAGGCUGACCCCACUGCAGGGCAGUUCCAGGGCUUUCCCCACCAUUUAUUGUCAGAGAAAAACUGACCUGUGAAAUGUGCUGUUCAAGCCCAGUCAGCUGCUGUGCCUUCAUCCUUGGAUCAGAGCUUCCAUCUGCUUCAUCAGAAGAGCAGAGAUGUCCUCAGAGGACAGUGAAGGUCAGGAUGGGAGGUCUCUCUGGCUGGUCUGGAUCCAUGCUAGCUCUCCUCUUGAUCUUCUCCAUGCAGACUGGGAAUGGAUUAGUAAACGCAGCUGGGCCACCUGACUGCUCAUUCAUUCAAAGUUUUCCAUCAGUUGAGCCCAGUGGAGUUUACACCAUCCAACCGGAUGGAUUUAGUUACAGCUUUCAGGUUUACUGUCAGAUGGGUGCAAAUGGACUCUGGACGGUGAUCCAGAAGCGUACUGGAGGAGCAGUGGCCUUCGACAGGGAAUGGGCAGCAUAUAAGAAUGGAUUUGGAUUUGUAUCAUGGGAUCACUGGCUCGGUCUGGAGAAGAUUUCUGCAAUGACCAAAUCCAAGAGGUGGAAACUGAGAGUGGACCUGUGGGACUUUGAAGGUGGCAGUGCUUAUGCUGAGUAUGAAGACUUCAGGGUCGGAGAUGAGAGCACAAAUUACAGACUGAGUGUUGGCAGAUACAGAGGAACCGCAGGUGAUGCCAUCAAAGGAGAAUAUCCUGGCAUCAACCAAAAUGGCUUUGGCUUCAGCACCUUUGACCGUGACAGUGACGGCUGCAAUCCUUGCAUCUUUGGUGACAUUGCCAUCAAUUCAUGCACUGAUUUCGACCGUGGCGGCUGGUGGUACAGCAAGUGUGGAUCUGCCAGUCUGAAUGGAGACUGGCAUCCAAAGGGGGACAACAUUGGUUGGUCUUCAGGUCUUCACUGGCGCACUUGGAAAGGACCUGCGCCCUACUCAGCCAAGGCCACCAGAAUGAUGAUCACUCCCAUGUAAUGCUUUCAAAGUGUUUCUGUGUUUUCAGAUGCUUUGUAGGUUUGAAAUAUGCCUAAGUUUGAGAUAAAGUCAAAACUAUUUCAAACUUCUGAUUGGGUGUGUAGUUCAAUCUUUGAUUAUUUAAACUGAUUAAAGCUCUUCACGUAAAUGCUUUCAGACACAUUUUUAAAUCUGCAGUUUCCUGAUGACUUUUAAAUAAUGUGUGGUUGGAUGUUGUAAGAAAUGAGGUAGUUGACGAGUAUCUGAUGGGAUGGGUUGCUGAAUUCUGCUAAACCCUCAACAGCAUUUGCAUGGCUGCUUCCAUUGUCUUGUUAAAACAUUGGACAGCUCAGCUAAGAACCUGGCUGAUUGUGGUCAAGACAGCAUUUUCCUGUGUUCCCUAAGGAAGCUCUGAAGAGAUGAUCUUCAUCUUUUUGCGUUCCUCCACCUUUGUUGACCCUGAGGUGUGUGUGACUCCCCCUCUUCUUCCUCUGAAAUAUUAGGAUGACCCAUUAUCUCUGCAUCUGUGGUUGACUCAUCAUCCAAUGAUGGUUUAGCCGAAAAUAAUGACUAACUCAAAAUAAUGGAUACAUGUCACAAAUUAUGGUUCAUAUGCAGUUCAGGGAGUAAUCCAUAAAUAUAUUAGGCAAAAGCAAAAAAAAAAAAG